UUUCUGUGGAUAAAAUGUCAAUGUAUAAUGUACAAAAUUCUCUGUUCUUUCAUUUCAGUUCAAGACAAUGACAUCAAAGUUUUUGAGUGUAAUGGAAAAUGAUACUCUUCUUUAUUUCUCCAUGUUUGAAAACCUGGGCCACUUUCGAUACCUUUACUUCAUUUUAGGAUCUCUGCUAUACUGUACUAUCGUAUUCUUCAAUGUCAAUAUUAUUCUUGUAAUAUUUAUAGAAUCUCCUUUGCACCAGCCUAUGUACAUUUUGAUAGCAUGUUUAUCAAUUAAUUCUCUUUACGGCACUGCUGGCUUCUUUCCAAGAUUACUAAUGGAUUUGUUAUUAUAUUCUCACUCAAUUACUCGUUCUGGAUGUCAUGUACAAACGUUUGUCAUUUAUACCUAUGCAUCAUGUGAAUUUACAAUCUUAACAUUAAUGGCAUAUGACAGAUUUGUUGCUAUAUGUAAGCCAUUGCAAUACCACAGCAUUAUGACAGCCAGGGUGCUUGCUCUUAUGGUAGCUAUGUCUGGGAUUUAUCCAAUGCUUUCUAUUGGUCUUGGGACCAUUUUCACUGCUAGACUAAGAUUGUGUGGUAAUGACUUAAGAAAAUUGUAUUGCCAUAACUGGAUCAUUGCAAAGCUCUCUUGUGAAAAUACUACUUUUGACAACAUUUAUGGUUUUGCUGUACUAGUAACUACAGUUUUGAUCCCAUUUAGUUUCAUUUUGUAUUCUUAUAUUAAAAUUAUUAUGAUUUGUCAGAAAUCUUCAAAAGAAUUAAAGAGCAAAGCUUAUCAUACUUGCCUUCCUCAUCUAGUGACUUUUCUUAACUACUCAAUUACCAUUUUCUGUGAAAUGACCUUUAGCCGUUUUGAAAAUUUACCUCCAGUAAUAGCUAUAAUUCUGUCAUUAGAGUUUCUGAUUAUACCUCCCCUCCUAAAUCCUGUUGUUUAUGGCCUUAAUUUUCCUGAAGUUCGCAGAAAAAUUCAACAUCAUCUAAUUUUUUUUUUUGUAAAAAAAAAAAAAAGUACUGCUCCUCUACAUGCAGGCUGAACCUUUUGCCAUGCUAUCAUGUAUUGAGUAGCUACCAUGGUUUAUUAAUAUCAGGAAAUAUUUUUGAUCUUAAAUAAAUAUACUGUCAUAGAUACAAAAUGAAUAUGUCCCAUUCUUAAUUCUGACCUAUAAUUAAUGCAUAUACUUACAUAUACUCUACUUGUCAUAACUCCGCAAACCAGCAACUUCAUUUCCCAGAAUGCACCAUGGCCGACAAACGCUACACUUCCCAAACACACACGUUCACCAGCUCCAGAGUUCUAAUUAGAUCCACCUGAUUCCAAUUACACACACACUACUCCUUUUAAGAGACUCUCAUUCACUCAUCUAGUUGCGAAGUAUACGCUCAGUUGCCUUGUGUCUCUGUCCAAACCAAGUCUUAUAUUGUGUCGGUUUAUUCUGGUUUUUGACUUUGCUUACGUUUUCGACCUCGUCUCUUUGCCCUGCCUUGUUUGUACUGUUUGCCUGACC